AGAUGGGUAGAGAAAAUGAGCGAGAAGCAGCAAUUUUUUAACGUCAAAAACCCGCGCCUUGCCCAACGGGUCAUCGUGUUGACAGCAAAACACCAUUCAGGUCUGUGCAAACUUCUGGUUUGUUUGGUCGGCAACAUCGUCGAAGAACGUUUCGUGCCGUCGUACAAUAUCGCCAUGUCCUCAUAUCAUCUCAGCACCCGAGAACGACUCCUGGCCAUCAUAAACGAUAUAGAAAUCGUUGCCAAGGAACUGAUCGAAAACACAAUCGCACCCAAGGCGCAGAAAAUGUCCAGCACCGACCAUGCCCAGCUGGUAGAGCUGCUCGUGCUGAAGGAUAAAGAGCUGAAGGCAACGCUCCAGCUAGCGGCCGAACAAGCCGGCAUCGAGAAAAACAUGGACGCACUGCGGGAGCAGGUGCGGAAACAGGACGAGGAAAUCAACCAGCUCCAGCGGCAGCUAAAGGAAGCGGAACAGAUUCUGGCGACGUCAAUUUUUCAAGCGCGACAAAAACUGGCCAGCAUUGCGAAGGCCAACAAACGGCCGGUCUCGUCGGAGGAGCUCAUCAAGUUUGCCCACCGCAUCAGUGCGUCCCACGCGAUAUGUGCCCCGCUCACCUGGCAGCAGGGCGAUCUUCGCCGGCCAUACCCGACCGACAUCGAGAUGCGGCUGGGCUUUCUGGGCAAGUCGGACCUCAACAUCAACGGGCACAAUCUGCAGCAUCCCAACAGCUUGAACGAGAUGCAUCGGAACGCGUCCACCGUGGGUGCAGGUGGGGCCGGCGGUGACAUUCCGGCCUCCGCACCGAACCAAUUUGCGUGGCAUCCGUCGGGCGAGCUGCACAUGUCGAUGGGUGCCGGGGCCGGUUCGGUUUCGCUGGACACACGGGCGCACAAGGAUGCAUCGCAGGAUGAUGUGGAAGUCAUGUCGACCGAAAGCUCGAGCUCGAGCUCCAGCGAUUCUCAGUGAGCGGCUGGCACUGGUGAUGAAUGUAUAGGAUUAAGUAUUUGCCGUGUAUUGUUAGCUGCAUGUCGUGACUUGAGGAAUGAAACGAACCCCCCUUUCUGAUAUUUCUA